CCGCACCCGCGGCCAUGCGCUGAGCGCCCGCGGGAGCAGCCAGCCGCCGCCAGCACCCGCAGCCGCCGGGCGAGCACCGGCCGCCGCGCCCUGGCUCAAGAUGCAGAGGGCCACUGGUUUCCUGUGUCUCUCCUUAAUCCUCUGCGCCGCCCUGUCGGAAGCAGUCGGACUGGUUUUAGCAGCAAAAGAAAAAAGAGGCUGGACUUUGAAUAGUGCUGGUUACCUACUUGGACCACGUCGUAUUGAUCAGCUUUUACUGAUAAAGGAAAUGCCCAUUGCAAGGGGGAGAGAAGAGGCACCAGGGGAAUAUGCAGUAGAUAACCACAGGUCAUUUAAUGACAAACAUGGUUUCAGUGGUAAACGUGAAAUACAGCCUGAUGAGGAUAUAAAAGCAGGUAAUCUUGGAAGACCACUGGCUGAUGAAAACAUUGUGCGCACAAUAAUCGAAUUUUUGACUUACUUGCAUCUUAAAGAGGCGGGAGCAUUCGACAAUCUACCUUUACCAGAGGAAACAAACCAAUCUUGAAAAAGAACACAUUUUUAUUUUGUUGUAGUGUAAAUUCAGACUGAAUUCUAAACAAAAGAUCCAAAUGACCAAAAGAUGAGAAUUAUUGGUUACAUUAAUCUGAUAAUGGCAAACAGCUUUAUGCCUUCUUGGUUUUUCUUUCUUUCUUUCUUUCUUUCUUUUUUUCUGUGAUGUUGCAUUGUAAAAUUUUCUGUAGGUAAAUGAUAAAAUAAAAAUAAGGAGCAACAA